AGCUUCAGUGCCGCUCUCACAAAAAACAUUGUGGCCAUGCUUGUUUGGCUCACUCUCAGUGUCCUUAAUUGCAGUAUGGUGUCCACAUUCCUCAAGCACAGAUUCUUCUACGAAGAUCCACGUUAUGUCAUGUUCAUCUGCAUGGUUAUUAAUGAUGCUAUUCAACUGACGCUGGUCACCGCCUUGUAUGUGGUGAGUUAUGCCUUCUCAAAGAUCUUGGCAUCUGCUUGCUGCCCCCUGAUUAUGACAGCUGUGACGACCACACGCUCCACGCCUCUUAUCCUGGCCGGCAUGGCCCUCGAGCGCUACAUCUCCAUCUGUUUCCCCCUCCACUACAGCCACUUCUGCACGGUGACACGAUCCAUGUGGAUCAUCGGGAUUAUCCUCGUUCUCAGCUUCAUUCCCCCCUUUACAGAUCUGAUCAUCACCGUGGCCAAACAGCCACCCUCAUUCUUCCACACCUCCAUUUUCUGCGACCAAUAUCUCCUAUUCCAAGAUCUCUCCAUUUAUUACAAGAACUGUGCGUUUGAUAGUGUCUAUUUCUCGUUUGUCUUCUUGACUUUACUCUAUACAUACUGUAAAAUCAUGUUGACUGCCCGUGCAGCUUCCACCGACCUGGCGUCUGCCAAGAAGGCCCGAAACACAGUGCUGCUCCAUGGGGUCCAGUUGCUGCUGUGUUUGUUGGCGUUUGUUGUGCCUUCCAUACAGGCUCCACUUAUACAACUGUUUCCAAUGUAUGGUCUGGAAAUCCGUUAUGUUAAUUUUCUUCUUGUGUACAUUAUCCCACGAUUUCUCAGUCCUAUGAUAUAUGGGUUUAGGGAUGAGAGGUUUUGCAAGUACUGGCUCAGAUACUUUAUCUCCAAAGUGUGGAGAGUAAAACCAGCCAGCCAUUUCUCCCGAAAGCCAGGAUGA